UGUGCCACCAUUCGGAGCUGACCGAGCAAGUGAAGUGCAGCAGGAUGAAGUUCGUUACAGUGUUGGUGGUGCUGGGUGUGGUGGUGCAGCUGGCCACUGGGGCACCCGCGACCGUGGAACAAUUGCCUGCCGAGCUGAACGCGAAAGAGCUGAGACCGGCGACGGAAGUGAAACCGGUGGAGGGUGUGGAUGCGACGAACGCCCAGACGGAUACGGUGGCCGCCGCAGCAGAGCCAGAGCAGGAUGCGGCAGUUGCGGACGCCCUGGACGGUGGAAGCCAAGUGAGCAACUACGUGCAGGAGGAUGCGGCCGAUGGUGAGGCUGACGAAGGAGAUGAUGGCGUUAUGCGGACGGUAUGCGACCAGGACCAGGAUGCUGAGAGUAGUGCAGUGGACAGUGCGGUGGCGUUCGAGCGAUCCUACGGUGGACACGGUGGACACGGUGGCCAUCAUGGAGGUCACGGAUACGGACAUCAUGGGCACGCGGAACAUGGCGGAUACGGUCACGAGCACAAGGGCCACGGUGGACACGCGGAACACGGUGGAUACGGGCACGAGCACAAGGGCCACAAGGAACAUGGAUACGGCCAUGAGCAUAAGGGCUACGGACAUGGUGGCCACGAACACAAGGGUUACGGACACGAACACAAGGGCUAUGGACACGAGCAUAAGGGACACGGUCACGAGCAUAAGGGCUAUGGACAUGGGGGCCAUGAGCAUAAGGGGUAUGGCCACGAACACAAGGGUUAUGGUCAUGAGCACAAGGGACACGGCCACGAGCACAAAGGUUACGGACACGGUGGCCAUGAACAUAAGGGAUACGGACACGAGCACAAGGGUUACGGACAUGGUGGACAUGAGCAUAAGGGUUAUGGCCAUGAGCACAAGGGAUACGGACACGGUGGCCACGAACAUAAGGGAUACGGACAUGGUGGCCAUGAACAUAAGGGAUACGGCCAUGAGCACAAGGGAUACGGACACGGAGGGCAUGAGCAUAAGGGAUACGGACACGGUGGCCACGAACAUAAGGGAUACGGACACGGUGGCCACGAACAUAAGGGCUACGGACACGAGCACAAGGGUUACGGACACGGCGGACACGAGCAUAAGGGUUACGGACACGAGCACAAGGGUUACGGACACGGUGGACACGAGCACAAGGGUUACGGACAUGAGCACAAGGGAUACGGACACGGUGGCCACGAGGCUCACGGAUAUGGCCACGGACACGGUCACGGCCAUGGUCACGGCCAUGAGGCCCACGGUUACGGACACGAAGCCCAUGGACACCACGGUGGAUACGAGCACAAGAAGCAGCAUUAUCGGUCCGCUACCUACACGGCCCCGGUCGCCCAUCAUGAGCCAUCCCAUCACGGUGGUUACGGUGGCCACGCUUCUCCAGUGAAGUGCGGAUCGAACCUGCUCGUCGGUUGCGCCCCAUCGGUCACAAAGGUACCCUGCCACCCAGUGCAUGACCAUGGCUAUGGUCACCACGGCGGCUACGGUGGACACGAGGCUGCCUCGGAGUUGUCGUUCCGCUUUGCUGCUCCAGAGCCUGAACAGAUGCAGGACACUACGGAAUAAGUGAGAGUAGUUUGUAAUAAAGUAUUCGCAA